AUGGUAAUGUUCAAGCGGUAUGUAUUUUAUGUAAUAAUGAAAAGGCUGUACCAAAAAAAAAUAACCCAAGCUUCUACAGAUUCCUCCACAAAUAAUUUAGAAUUACAAGUAUUACAAUUUUUCAAUGAUAAAAAUAAAAGCUUAACAUGUUUAAAUAAUUACCCUGUUGUUAAACAAUUAUUUAUUCGGUACAAUACUAAUCUUUGUUCAUCAGCACCGGUAGAAAGAUUGUUUUCUUUUGCUGGCUUUAUAAUGGCACAUACUUGUUCUCGGUUGUUUGAAGAACAAUUUGAAAAACUUGUAUUUUUAAAAGGUAACCAAAAUUAUGGAGUCAUUUAA